AUGGGCAAGACCAAGAUCGCGGACAAGUCGUCCAAGAAGGACAAGAAGUCCGAGCUUGCGAGCGUCAAGGCUGGUCGCGUCACCAAGCCCGCUGCCACCCCCAAGUCGAAGAGCAAGGAUAUUGCCAAGUCAGUUGCUUCCAACGUCAAGGACAAGAAGAAGUCAAAGAAGGCUCCUACCCCAGAGCCGGAGUCUGAUUCUUCGUCUGAGAGCGAGAGCGAAAGCGAAGAUUCCUCUGAGAGCAGCAGCGAGGAGGAGGUCGUCGAAAAGAAGGCCUCUGCCAAAGCUGCUCCUAAGGCCGCUGCUAAGGCCGACUCUGAUUCUGACUCCGACAGCAGCGAGGAGGACAGUGACAGCGACAGCAGCGAGGAUGAGAAGCCUGCCCCCAAGGCCAAGGCCAACGGUGUGAAGAAGGUUGCCGCAAAGGCAGAGUCGAGCGACUCUGACAGCGACUCAAGCGAGUCUGAGGAGGAGAAGGCCGCCGCCAAGGCUAAGGCUACCUCCGACUCUUCCGACUCCGAUGCCGACUCCGAUGCCGACUCUUCCGAUUCCGACAGCGACGAAGAGGAAGCUCCUUCCAAGAAGCGCAAGGCUGAGGAGGUUGCCGAGCCCAUCGUUAAGAAGUCAAAGGUUGAGGAGCCCGCCGCUGAGGAGGGUGUCAAGAACCUCUUCGUUGGUAACAUGAGCUGGAACAUCGAUGAGGACUGGCUCCGCCGUGAGUUCGAGGGCUUCGGUGAGAUUGUUGGCUGCCGUGUCAUCACUGACCGUGAGACUGGCCGUGCUAAGGGUUUCGGUUACGUUGAGUUUGCCAACGCUGCUGAUGCUGCCAAGGCACAGAAGGAGAUGCACGAGUACGAGCUCGACGGUCGUCAACUCAAUGUCGACUUCAGCACCCCUCGUGCGAAGCCUGAUGCCAACGGUGGUGCCCGUGCCAACAAGUACGGCGACAAGCGCAGCCCUCCUAGCAACACUCUCUUCCUCGGUAACGUCUCAUUUGAGUGCUCCAACGAGAGCAUCCAGGAGGUCUUCGCCGAGUACGGCAGCAUCACCCGUGUCUCUCUCCCCACCGACCGCGACACUGGUGCGCUCAAGGGUUUCGGAUACGUCGACUUCAGCUCCCAGCAGGAGGCUACUGCUGCUCUCGAGGCUCUCAACGGCCAGGACAUCGGCGGUCGUGCUAUCCGCAUUGACUAUGCUACUCCUCGUGAGGACAACGGCGGCGGUGGUCGUGGCGGCGGCUUUGGUGGUGGUCGCGGUGGUGGUCGCGGCGGACGUGGUGGCUUCGGCGACCGUGGAGGUCGUGGAGGUGGCCGUGGCUUCGGCGGCGGUCGCGGUGGAGGCCGUGGUGGUGCUCGUGGCGGCCGCGGUGGUUCAUUCAACCGUGGCGGCUUCGGUGACUUCCAGGGUCAGAAGAAGUCUUUCGACUAA